AUGACGGAGACGAAUACUUGGUUGAUCACCGGAGCGAACCGGGGAAUUGGCCUGGAGCUUGCCAGACAGCUGCUGACCGUGCCCACCAACAUCGUCGUCGCGACCUGCCGCAACCCGAACGGCGCGACUGAGCUCCGCGCGCUCAAGGACGCUGCCCAGGGCACACUACACAUUGCUCCGAUAGACGUCUCAUCUGAGGGCUCGAUCAAGAACUCGGUCUCGAUUGUCCAGGAGGCCUUGGGUGAAGGUGGCAUCGAUAUUCUAUAUAACAACGCAGCCAUUAAUGAAGAAGAUGACGUUCCAUCGAAUGCAAAACCAGAGGUGUUCUUGCGCACGAUCCAGGUGAACGUUGUCGGGCCGAUGCUGCUCUACCAGGCGUACCUCCCACUCCUGGAGAAGGGUAAGAAGAUGGUCGUAAACAUGUCGAGCGGACUUGCAAGCAUCGGAUUGAAUCACGGUGGCAAAUGUACAUCGUACAGCAUCAGCAAGACUGCUUUGAAUAUGCUUACCUACAAGAUGACGAAGGAGCGCCCGGAUUUCACUGCGAUUGUGCUAGAUCCCGGAUGGGUGAAGACCGAAAUGGGUGGGGAGGGAGCACAGCUCGAACCCGAGUAUAGCGUGUCGCACAUAAUCAAGCUCAUCACCUCGCUAAAGAAUGAAGAUAGCGGAAAGUUCUUCACAUACGCAGGCAAUACAAUCCCCUGGUGA